AUGAAAGAUGAAAUUGCUGUUUCGGUGUUCUUCAUCAUGCGACUGGUGAAGAAGCACGGCCAGCUGAGCAGACACCAAACUGAGAAGUUUGCAUCCAAGCUGAUGAUGAUUUUGUUUGAGAAAUACAAGAACCACUGGUACCUGGACAACCCCUCCAGAGGGCAAGCCUUCAGGUGUAUCAGGAUAAACCGAUUUCACACAAGAGAUCCUCUACUGGAACAGGCCUGUUUGGAGAGCAACGUGGAUUUUGGUAGGCUCGGCUUGCCGAAGGAGCUGACCAUCUGGGUGGAUCCCUUUGAUGUGUGCUGCAGGUAUGGUGAGAAGAACCCUCCUUUCACGGUUGCCCACUUUGAAGGCAGCGGAGAGGAUCAGGACCUCCCUCAACGCAUCAGCCAGGCUGUGGAUAAGGCACUGGCGUCCGAUGACCACUCUGGCUCCUCCUCCGAAGAGGAGAGCUCCUCAAAGGAGCCCAAAAGCAUCCCCACAGUGAGCAACCCCAACAGCGUCUACCAGUGCAGUGACUAUUGCAAGCAGCCCUUCCAGCUUUGGGCCCAGUAUUCUCGACGAAAGGUGCAUGCCACUGACGGUCUUGUCCAGCUCCCUGCCAGUGGAUACUACCUUCAAUACAAGACGUACAAGUCCUAUCGGCCAUCAGCAGCUUUCACUGGUCCCCGUGUCGACCGAUACCACUGGGUCAAUACCAACCGAUAG